UCGCCUAUUCAGUUGCUGGACGCAAGUCGCAGGGUCGAGUGCUCGAGGGUGGACGAUUUACGGUGUUUGCGUGUGUGUGUGUGUGUGUGUGUGAAGUAGAUAAGAAUAAAGAAGGUUGCUGAUAGGGGGAAAAAGGAAUCGCAUCGGCAUACGUGUUCUACAGAGUGACGAGAAAUAAAACCAGUGCUAGUGUAAAAAAACGAUAGUAGUAAAAACUUUGUAAAAAAUUUUGUGAAAACAAUUCGUAAAAAAGAUCCCUGAACGUGUCGAGGGUCUUGUAAAAGAGAAUCGUGCAACACGCUCUCCAAAUCGUAUAACUCCACCUCUCUCUCUCUCUCUCCCUCCCCCCUUUCUCUACCUAUCUCUUCACCGUGUCCGUUUCUCUUUUCCCGUCUCUCUCUUUCUUCUCUCUUUUCUCUCUCUUCUCUCUUCUCUGUCUUGUGUCUCCCCGUGUCGUUCCUCGUGGCGUGCGCGUUCCCGAAGACACCGUGGUCGGACCUUCUCCGAUACUGCGCUCGUGCAACGCAGUGAGCGCGUGUCGGACAGCUAGGACGCCGGGAAGCGCAGGUGCGGGUGCGUGCGUGCAUAUAGUCAUACGCUACGCAGAGACGUGAGCUGGAACAAAGUACGUGCGCGGAGUCGGCGGCACGGUUUCGAAGGUGUCGUUAGCAGUUGCCGUGGCAGAAUGGACGGUACUACAGGUCCGCCGUCAGACGUGACGACGGCAAUGGGAAGUGAAAACGAUGAAGGAUCGAAGGUGCGACGAGAUAUCGACGAUUCAACCGCAUCUUCUACCGCUGCCUCCAGCACGGCUACGUAUUCUACGUCGCAACCGGAAUAUUGUGGUCAGGGCUCGAUAAGGGCUGGCUCCGCUUCUCCGCUCCCUACGACCUCCUCGUCUUCGUCGUCAUCGUUAUCCUCCUCCUUCUCCUCGUCACCACCGCAGCCGGGGUGUGGCUGCGUCGCCGCUACUGUCCUCGAGCCCGACGAAAUUACUAUCAGCAUCACGCCAACCACCGGUGGACAGUUUGAUCUUACCGUCGAUCGGACCGAUACAGUUGAAAACCUUAAGAAAAUCAUCUCGAAGAGACUGAAGGUCGCCAAGGAACGCAUUUGUUUACUACAUCGUGAAAGACAAUUGCGAGAAGGAACGCUCGAAGAAAAUCGUUUACAAGAUGGCAGUUGUCUCACGUUAUUACCGAGCGUGGAAACCGGCCUGUUGGCACAACGACCGGAGCAGAGCGUGAUGCAAGCACUGGAGAGCCUAAAUGAUUCCCAGGUGAACGACUUCCUGUCGGGCAAAGCUCCUUUGAAUCUCACCAUGCGGCUAGGCGAUCACAUGAUGCUGAUACAACUGCAACUGUCCACGGUGACGCCGGCCUCGCCGACUGCUAAUCAAACGACCAGUAACACGACCGGGUUGACCAUCGGCGGGAACAGCUCGAAUGGAUCGAAUCUACCCGCCAGUCACGUAUCGACCUCCUUGCAGAGCAGACGAUCCACGGUUUUGGCCGCCCGCUCGACCACCAGUGCUUCGACGAAACUGCAAAAUGGCACCGCGACCGCGCGUACCUCGUCCCUAAUACGCAGCCUGGUAUCGGCGUUGCAUGCCGCCGCCAGCUGCAGCACCAGCCUAUCCACGGCGACGACAACGACCAGUCCUAUUUGUUCGAGUCGCGCGACCACUGCCUCCUCCGUUUCCUCGACGUCCUACUCGCCUAUUAGUCCGCCGCAUACGUCCUUCUGCGCCAGCCAGUCUCAGACCCCGUGCACCGGCAGCAAUCACUGCCCCCUAUCGCCUAACAGCAACUCCACCGCGUGUCAGUCUUGCCUUCUGUAUCACUAUGCUUACGACCACCGUCAUUACAUCCACCAUGCUUACAACCACCAUCACCAUCAUCAUCAUUACAACCACCAUCACCAUCAUCAUCAUCAUCAUUCGAGAAGCAAACCCACCACGUCCCCGAACACCUCGCAGUCACCACCUUCGCCGUCGCCGCCGAGGAAAAAACUGUGUACCGCUCACCAUCACGGCCAACAACAGUCCGCGAACGCCGCGGACACGUGCAGGAGUAACGUAGCGGACGGGGACUCGAGCCUGCAGAGCCCUAUCUCCAACAUGGCGGAGCAGAACACGAAGGCCGCGACCCUCGACACCAGGGCGCUCGCCGAGGCGUCCCGUAAUUUGACGCAGAAACUGAAGCAGCUUUCCUCUGAGGUACUCACCUCGCGGGUCGACCUCGCAGAGGAAAAUGCAAGACGCAGGCAAGGUGCAAUAAUAGAGAGUAUGCAUCAUCAUGGAAAAGGCGUAUACUCUGGUACGUUUAGUGGAACCCUAAAUCCAGCUCUUCAAGAUAGACACGGUCGUCCUAAACGAGAUAUAAGUACUAUCAUUCAUAUUCUGAAUGAUUUACUGUGUACCACACCGGCUGCAACGGCAGGUUACUAUAGGCAUCAUCACAGGCAUUCGAGUGGCCGUCAACAAUCUUCAAUGUCUCCGUCCUCCACUGGAACGACAACUACCGUGAACAGUGCCACGACGUCCAUUGGUUGUCACGAUUCUUCUGCGCCUGGAUAUUCUACUAAGGAAUUAUCGAAGGAAAACGAAGCGACUAAAGGAAAGAUGAGACGUCUACGUCUUGUGAUGGAACAGCGGCGUGCUAAGAGAAAAGCUAGACGACAGGCGAGGGCAGCACCGCGAACUACACAAUGGGCAGCGGUGACACCCGAUCCGACUGCGAACGCGACAGAAUCACAAAACGAGCCGGAGCUUCAACCGUGCAGUCCGGAACCGGUUGUGGCUUGAACAAGUCGUUUGUCGAUUGUUGGCACAGUAGUUUCCUCCUCUAUCGUACAUGCAAUGAGUUUCGUAAACUAUCGCACUGAUUUAUUCAAGCAACGGCGGACUCGGUUGCUUUCGCGUAGGUGUUUGUUCGCUGCAGACACUAUUUCGUUCAAUACGUACCAAGUACCCCCGAGAGUCAAGUUUCUGUUAUCUUAUUUAUACUUUGUUAUAGUCAACAAAACUUCUAGUUCGAUACAUUUGAAUUAUACAAUUGAACGUAUCGCGGGGUACUAUAUUACCAUUGAAUCGAGACUGUUUUUAAACCGGUAACGCUAUAGUUAUGCACGUAACACACGACACGCAUAAUCCUCAGUAUUGACCGAUAACGCGUACUUUCGAAUGUUUUAAGUAUACGUUUGAACCUUUGGAUCGUGUACAGUCCCAAUAACGACACCUUCGAUCGAAAGUUAAAGAAAUUUAGCAAUAUUAAUAAUGGAACACGUGCGAUCCUAGGGCACGGUCAUAGAAAUUAUAUUAAUAGAAAGAGAAGAGAAGUAUCACGGCGAAACGUGCACGUCGUUCGAGAACUCAUGCUAUUUAAUAGAAACUGUUACAAUGUAAAAGUAAUUAAACUGCAUUAAAAGGAAAACAGUGUUUGGCUAUACUCAGGACUUGAUCGUAGGUGACAAUAAUUGCACUCGACGAAUGAAUCAGUGUGACGGCACGCGUACGUCUAUUGUAUCGAUCGUGAAUGAGCGAUGAAUUGACGAAUAAAAGCAAGAAUAUUGGUAGAUGACAAAAUUGUACGGUAACAAUGUUUUGUCGAUAGAUGUCUGACGCUAGAAAAUGAAAAAAAAAAAAAGAAAAAGAAAAAGGAUCGCCACUUUGAUCAAUUGAUUAUCAAUCCUGUCGGUAUCGGUGUAUACUCAGAUUUAGUAGACACGAGUAGAACUUUAAACUCACACACUUUACGAAUCGCAGGGAAGACCGCUAUAAAAAGCAAUAUUACAAAAUGUUUACUCGCGAUUAACAGAAACUUGCGAUAACUGUAACGUUAUUGCGAGAAUAAUGAUUUACGAGUAAACGUAUUUUGCAUCUGUUGGCGGGAACUGAUUGAUUCAUGGUUACGUUAUUGAAUGUACAUACGAAAAGUGCGUUUUGUGAUGUCACUUGCAUACGUAUAAUUAAGUUUCUGUAAAAACAAUAAACAAAGUGACAUUGAUACAACAGUGUAUUACUUUGUUUGCGACGGUGACAUUAAUUCCUUGUGCUUUUGCGUAUCGAUACAGUUCGACGUAUGAAAGUGAUCAGUCAGUUCAAUGUCAACAAUCCCAUAUCAGUUUUUGGUAUAUGUAAAGAUUAGAACAGACUGGAUUUUUAACUUCGAAUAAUUGAGUUGUAAGCUUGGUUGCUCUAUCCGUGGAUCACCAUGCAUUGUUCUUCGGCAAAAAAGAACUCAAAGCACGUGGAUAAAUGGUCCUAUAGUUAGAACUAGAUAAUCCUAUCGCAUGGCUCCAACGCCAAAAUUCAUUUAAGUUUACUAGGUACUAAAUAAUAUAAUAUCAUCUAAUAAUAGUAUAUUGCGUUAGGUUACUUAGGGAAAAAAUAUUAUUACUAUUAUUAUCAUUACUACCGCUACAGUUUUGCAAACUGGCUCAAUAUUGUAACAUAUGAUUAUUGAAUUUUAUCGAGUACCAAAAUAAAUAAGAUUGCUUGCUAAGCUAAGAUGAAGUCCAUGUUUUAGUCUUGUUUGAAUGUCACAUCGUCUGUUGAGUGUUUGUUAUUGUUAUCGCUGUUUAUUGCCUGUAAAGAAGAAGAAAAUCAUCAACGCUGUUUUAGUUUUAUUCUACUGAAACAUAUUUUAGUUGAGAUCAUCAAGUUUGGAAUAUAUACUUUGUUUUAGUUCGUAAGGAUAUAUGAUUUAAGGAGCCUAGAGAUAUGAAGUUUUGAUUGAAGUUAUUAAUAUUUGAAAUUGUUUAUUUAAAUUAUGUCUUUAAUUACGUAAAAUUGUAGAAAUGUAUCGACGCUUAAAAAUUAUGCUAUCAUAGUUUAUAUUAACGAAUUGUUGUAGUUACACACGCAACACAGGCUUCGCGACAAUACAACUACUAUUAUAAAAAACGAUCAUUGUUCUUUCAACGAGUCGGAUUAUCACACACAUUAUGUUCAUCUAGACGUAAAAUUUACAAUU